AAUUUUUAUUUUUUAUUUUUGGCGAACAAGUGAGGGAGCAAUUUUGCCAAAACAUGACCUCAACCAAUUUCAUUAGACACGUUGAGUUUGUGGUAGCACAUCACAUGGAAGAUGGGAAGUAAACAGUAAAAGAAAACCCCUCUGCUUCACACGCAAAAAUCCAUAAACCCUAGGAAGCCAUGAAAAGGGCUUUGCUAAGGAGCAUCUCUCUCUUCGCUCGCAAUCGUAUUCUCUCUCCUCCCUCAUGCAAUUCGAGCCCUAGCUUUUCACCGAUCAGAUGCGCAGCUCCCAUUCCGUCGAAGCUCAGUCUCGGCGUCAGGCUUUAUUCGUCAGAGAACGACUCCUCCAACGAAAACACAACUAGUCCCGUUCCAGAGUCCGUUCCUGAGACCAACUUAACCAAACCCGAGAAGAAAGAUGUCACCAUUGAGGACGUCAGUGACAAAGAACUUAAAAUGCGGAUAGAGAAAUACUUUAAGGGCGAUGAGGAGGCUCUCCCUGAUAUCCUCGAAGCUAUUCUACAGAGGAAGUUAGCGGGGAAGCACGAGGAAACGGAUGAUGAGUUGAUGGAGGAGCUCCGAAUGCAGCCAUUGGAUGAUGUAAAAGACAAAGAAUUUGAAUCGGAUUUUGAGGAAUUGUAUAAGACCGAUGAAGAGAUUGAUGAUUUGUAUAACGCAAGGGAUAUUGUUAUGGAGAGAAUGGUGAAGGAUGGGCCCCUUAAUAUGGAUGAGAAGAAGUGGGAUGAGAUGGUGGAAGAAGCAAUUAAGCAUAAGUAUCUAAAGGACACAAAAGAGUGCGAGGAGAUUCUUGAGGAUAUGCUUAGCUGGGACAAUCUUCUACCAGAUGAAAUUAAAAGAAAGGUCGAAAAGAAGUUCAAUGAACUUGGGGAUAUGUGUGAAAGAGGAGAGCUUGAACCAGAAGAAGCUUACAAGCUGUUCAAGGAAUUUGAGGAUGAGAUGGUUGCAGAAUACCUAAAGAUGAUGGAAGCAGAAGGCCCUCCACAAUUUGAUGAGACUUGUGAACCAGACAAUAAAAUGGAUUCGGAUGACCCACCAGGUGAAGGGCCAAUUCUUAGAUGGCGAACUCGGGUAGUCUUUGCUCCUGGUGGUGAUGCUUGGCAUCCCAAGAAUAGAAAAGUGAAAUUGUCUGUUACCGUUAAAGAACUUGGACUUAAUAAAUAUCAAUUUCGUCGGCUCAGAGAAUUGGCUGGGAAGCGUUACCAUCCUGGGAAAGAUGAGCUUACAAUUACUAGUGAAAGGUUUGAGCACCGAGAAGAAAACAGAAAGGAUUGUCUUAGGACUCUCCUUUCCAUCAUUGAGGAAGCUGGGAAGGCUGGUAAGCUGGUAGACAAUGCUCGAGCUUCGUAUGUCAAGGAGAGACUGAGGGCAAAUCCUGCGUUCAUGGAGAGAUUGCGUAAAAAGACCUCAAGAGUGGAAGAAUCCGAUGAUGUGUCCACUUGAGAUUUUGGAUAUGCAAUUUCUAGCACGUGCCCAAACAGUUCAUAAGGUCCGAGAUAAAAGUUUGAUACUUUUUUGCUGUUUCGAUUGAGUGGCUCUCUCUCCAAGAGAAUUGUUUUGCCAGAGUCUUUUCUCACAAUUCAUAUUCCAUGCAGGCAUUGUAUACAUUACUAGUUGCAGGCUUCAACCUUUUUUGUCCGAAUUUUUAGACGCUUUAACUUGCUCCCGUCAAUGUUGUUCUUGUGACGGUUAUAUGCAACGUUUUUAAAAGAUUUUAGUUUUUACCAUACUAAGUUUGAUUUUUCCAUUUUUACUCAUUGAUGUCUCUUUUUACUUGGAGAGAUAUUUUACAAUAAUGAGAUUAUUUAACGUAUACAAGCUUAAAAGCUGCUAUGCUAUUGAGACGCA